AUGCAGGCUGCAGGUGGCUGCAGGUCUAAAUCCUGAUAAUAGGAUCAGAGUCGCUCUGAGGCACUAAGCCGUUUGCAGGGUGAGGAAGGGUUCUGUCGACUGGACCCGGGUAGGACGGGAACCGGCGCUGACUCCACUGGGACAGGCUGACCUUUGAACCAGAGAGGCCCUCAGAUCACGAACUUCUGGGUUCUGUUCUGGUUCUGUGUGUGCAGGGACCAUGGAGGCUGAGGACCCGUCUCCUCUGCACCGAUUCGUCGUGGCCAAACAUUCCAUCGGAUCCAUCUUCGACCAGCUGCUGGAGUUUGUGAGGACCGGUUCUGUCUUUGUGGACGAGGCCGUCCAGAACCAGGAUCUGGGUCCGGUGGCUGUGGAGGAGCACAGUCUGGAGAUGCAGAGCUGCGCCGCCAAACUGGCCGCCAUCAGAGAGGUUCUGCUGAGGAGACACAUGAAGGUGGCCUUCUUCGGGAGAACCAGUAACGGGAAGAGCACCGUCAUCAACGCCAUGCUCAGAGAGCGGGUUCUGCCCAGCGGCAUCGGACACACCACCAACUGCUUUCUGAGCGUGGAGGGAACCGACGACCACGAGGCAUACCUCACCACCGAGGCGUCCGACCACAGACGCAGCGUCUCGACGGUGAACCAGCUGGCCCACGCGCUCCACAUGGACCCAAGGCUGGACUCUGGCAGUCUGGUUCGAGUGUUCUGGCCCAAGAGUCGCUGCACGCUUCUGAGAGAUGACCUGGUUCUGAUGGACAGUCCAGGGACAGACGUCACCCUGGAGUUGGACAGCUGGAUCGAUAAGUUCUGUUUGGAUGCAGACGUCUUCGUUCUGGUGGGGAACGCAGAGUCGACGCUGAUGAACACGGAAAAACUUUUCUUUCACAAAGUGAGUGAACGCAUCUCUAAACCAAACAUCUUUAUCCUUCACAACCGCUGGGACGCUUCGGUGACGGAGCCCGACUACAUCGACCAGGUAAGGAAGCAACACAUGGACCGCUGUGUGAGCUUCCUGUCGGAGGAGCUUGGGGUGGUUGGACCGGAAGAGGCAGCUGGGAGAAUCUUCUUUGUGUCGGCCAAGGAGGUCCUGAGCUCAAGGACACAGCGGACACAGGGCAUGCCUGAGACAGGUGAAGCAGGUGGCGCUAUGGCAGAAGGUUUCCAUGACCGGCUGAGAGAGUUCCACCUGUUUGAGAGGACUUUUGAGGAGUUCAUCUCUCAUUCUGCGGUCCGAACCAAGUUCGAACAGCACACGGCGAGGGCAUGGCAGAUCACAGAGGCCAUCAAAGCAGUGAUGGACGCCAUCAACAUCGCCUCAGCUGACAGGAAGAUCUGCUGCCUGGAGGAGCGAGAGGAGCAGCGGGAUCGGCUGGACUUUGUCAGAGGACAGAUGAGCCGUCUGAGUGACAACGUGAAGGACCGAAUCAGAACACUGACAGAUGAAGUUGCUGCCAAGGUUGCCAUGGCGCUGUUGGAUCAGAUCCAGUCACUUCCUGUUCUUGUUGAGGAGUUCAGAGCCGACUUCAGCCCGACACCAGAAACUCUGCAACUCUACAAAUCUAAGCUGGUGCAGCACGUGGAGGAGAGGCUCGUUGGCUGUUUGGCUCAUCGCUGUUCUCUCAGCAUCUUCAGAGAUAUCCGAGAAGCGCAGAAACACAUGAUUGACAGCGUCCGUCCCCUGGUGUCUCUUUCUGUCCAGCAGCAGCUCUCUACUCCAUCCUCCUCUUUCGAGAUGACCUAUGACCUCACUCUGGCCGCCCUCUGUGCCGACUUCAGGGAGAACAUUGACUUCCAGUUUUCUUUGGGUUGGACCGCCCUCGUCACACGCUUCAUUGGAGCCACCAAUGCUAAGCGGGCAUUGAGUGGCGGCGAGCGUGGCCUGAAGGUAAGCUCACUUUCAGGUGGUAAAGGCUUUCUGAUGAAGCAACCGGCUCAAAGGAUGCUGCUCUGUCCGCAGGAAGGACCAGCGUUCAAGGAUGAAGUGCUUGUUUCCGUAGCAACGGGCUUAGUCUCUGUCACCUCCAGGGCAUCCAUGGUGGUUCUGGUGAUUGGAGGUGUGGUGUGGCGUUCUGUGGGCUGGCGUGUCAUUGCCCUGUCCAUCUCCCUGUAUGGACUCCUCUACCUGUAUGAGAGACUCACCUGGACUGAUGCUACUAAGGAGCGUGCUCUGAAGAAGCAGUUCACGGAGUAUGCGGCUCUGCGCCUCAGAGCGGUCGUCUCCGUCACCAGCUCCUCUUGCAGCCAACAGGUGUACAAGGAGCUGACGGCCACCUUCAACCGUCUGACGCAGAGGGUGGACCUGAGCGAAGCUGAGUUGGAAGGAAGCAUCCGUCAGCUGACCUCCAGGAUCCAGAAACUAGAGAAGACCCAGAGGAAGUCCAAGGCCUUUAGGAACCGAGCCACGGAGCUGGAGGCCCAGCUGGAGGCCUUCUCUGCUCGGUACCUGCAGGUGGACUGAGGGAGCAGAACCAACCGGGUCGCCUUCUUCACAGCAGGAUCCUAACCAGCGGUUUGGACCCAUCUCUCAGAACCAGAUGUUAAUCUGAUGGUGCUUCAGAACCAGCUUCACCUGCUGAGGAGUUCCAGGCUCUACAUCCAGUUGCCGUGACAACAGAGGACCUUGAGGACUUCUGCUUGAUCAAUCAUCUGUUUAACUGAUGGUUCUGAGUAGAAGAGCAGAUGUUUUAGGUUUUCUAUCAUUUUGGAUGUCUCUGGUUCUCUCUGGUAGAACUCACACUGAUCCGGUUCUGGUUUCCUUCCGGGUCCUACGGAUCGGUCUGGACCAAAGGUUAUCUGGUCCUCCUUUCUGCUUAGUUUCAGUCCAUCUAACCAGAACCAACCAUCAGGGAUUGGACCUCUAUCCACACAGCACAGACCUCAGAGCGGUCCGUUCAUUGGUCCGGUUCUGCCUGGAGCAGAACCAUGGGGCAGUAGAACCAUGAGCUCCUCACCUCAAACCACAUGAUGGGCCCUUUAGACUCGUUCCUGUUGACCAGCAGGGGGCAGACUGAGGUUCUUCCUGUCCCAGGGUUGGUUCUGUUCUUCAGUCUUUGGGUUCUUCUGCUGGAUGGUUUGCGGAUCUCCUCUUGUUAUCGGUCCCGUUGCUCAUCAUUCUGCUGCUGCGUCCUCCAGCAGGAAGGGGAGAUAAGAUGGCCGCCAUUACUCUGCUCGUUCUUCCUGAAUCUGUUCUCCGGUCGUUGCUCUUUACUGACGCUCACUCUAACUGCAGAUUUUCUUUGGUUUCUAAUUGUCGGCAACAGUAAACUAAAUUUAUAAAAAUCAAAGAAGAAUAUUCAUGAUGUCAUUCAGGCGGAUGUUUUAAAGCCUUUAUUAUUAUUGUUAUAAUAAUUUUAGAUUAAAAUAUUGAAUCAGAUCAGGAGAACAUGUUGAUACAAAGACAAAACUAUAGUUAAAAAGUUCUGUUAAUGUGACAAACGGGCCUCAUCAGAACAUCCGACCAUCGCUGGAGGCGCCAGAUCCACUGUCUGUUCCUCUGUGCUGGUCCAAAGAUCUUCCUUAGAACAUUCCCGGCGCUCCUAGACUGGUUUAAAUCAGGUGGUCGGUUUGAUUCCUGAAGCACAAACAGCCCAAAGGCAGAACCGAAACUAGGCUACCCAGCAGCCUGAAGUGACCCAUGCUGCCUGGAUCUGAUCUUUUCAUGACAGUCUGAACAUAAAAGAUCCGAUUUUGUCCAAAGCGACCCAGAACACUUGGCUCUGCGGUCCGGAAUCCGUACGAAUCUGAUCUUUUCAAAUGCGACCUGCGUCUGAACGGCCAGGUCGCAUCCAUCCGACCUGAACACCAUUAAUACCCGACAAAGGUCACUUUUCUUGCUAUGCAGAAGCAGCAAGAAAAACAACCAUGGCAGACGAUGAUGCAGAGAUCAGUAUUUAGCUUCAACCAUCUUGAAAUGAUUGCUUACUGCACGGGCUAAGGUUGAGAUGUUCUCCAGCACUACCAUCCAUAUUUACUUCCUAAACACAGAGCAUGCUGGCUUGUGAUGUCACUGCGUCUUCUACUGCGCAUGCAGGCCAGUUGCGUUGUCUGCAUGUUAACACAGGAGAUCACAUACAGGUCGCACAUAUCUGGAAAUAUGAACGGCAACGCAAAAAAAUGGAAUAAAAAAAAAAAAAUGGAAUUGAGCAUCAAGACCUGCAGUGGGAACGUAGCCUUAGAGGCUGCUGGGCAGAUGUUUCAACAAUCAGAUCAAACAGAUGUUGAGAACUCCUCCGGUGGAUUCAGCAGGCAGUAAAGUGUUUCUAUGCUGAUGUUUUAUUCUGGUCUAUUCGGUUCUAUUUCCUGGUUUCUCUGAUUGGGAGGAAGGAUCCAAACCAUUUCUGACGGAGGAACAGAAAGAAAUCAGUGGGUUCAUCUAAAGAGGAACAGUCUUUAUUUUAAGGUAGCAGAGUUUUGGGGAACCAGCGAUGAAAACGAAGAUAAAUCAGCGAAUCGUCUGCAAAGCAAAAAACAGGAAUCAUUGUUGAAGGAAAACUUGAUUAUUUGGAUGGUUUAUGUUCUAGCUUUGCUUCCACACAUCAGACCCGGUUCCUCCAGAUGCUCAGCACCAACUGGACUUGAUCGGGUCAAAGUUCUACCUUCAGGCAGGUGGAUCACAGGAACCUGGAGCCCAGGUUUGCCUCCAGAACCAGAACCGACACCAGAAUUCCUUGUUUUUGGAACAAACUGGAACAAUAAGGUUGGUUCUGGAGAACAAUUCCAGUCCGGUCUAUGUACUUUAAAUGCUUUAGUUCCUGGUUCAGUCCAAUAACUAACAGAACCGAUCAGCAGGACGGCAAAACUCCAAUAAUCUCAAAACCAGAACAUCUGGAAGAAGAGAACUGACAGAACCUGCUGGAUGCAGCUGGGCCGGGCCCUGAAGAACCAACCAGCUCUGAUGGUCUACUAUCUAAGGACUGAAUAUGUUGGCUUCACUCUAUGUGAUACUGAUCUAUCUCCAUUAAAGAUACGCAGAUAUAGAUGUGUGUAGCAUAGAUGUUCAGGUAAAUAUCAGAGGACUCCAGUCUCCUUAGCUACAGAACCUGCUAAAUGUCUCGUUGCUAACCGUCACCUCCGGCCUGACCUGGGGGGC